AUGCCCUUCGGGAAACCCUACGCCAGAGGCCUGCUUCGGGAAAGGGGGCGGGGCGGCGGGGAGGGCGGCAGCGUGGACCCGCCUGGAGAUGAGGUGAGGAGAGAGCUGGACCGCGUCGGCCUGCCUUGCACCGGGCAGGCGGCGGGGGCGAGGGUGGGCGCGAUGGCCGCCCGGGACGCCCGUCCAUCCCCUUCCGACCCCGGGGCCAGUGUGCGCGUCCCUCCCGGCACCCUUCACCCCGAGCCGCGCGCCCUGGAGGCGCCCGUGUGUCUCGUCCUUCCCAUCCUCCCGGGCCGCCGGGGGUGGCUGGGUGAGUGGUGGGUGGUGGCGGCCGGCUGGCACGCGCCGGGAGGCCGGGGCUCCGCGGCGGACCGAGGCUGGGGGGUGGGCGGCGGCCGCGGGACGGGCUUCGGCGGGGGGUUGAAUGGGCAUUGGUUGCCGUGGCCGGCCGAGCCGGGGGGAGGUCCCGUCCUUUCUCUAGGGGCCCGCGGGGCGGUGGGGUCCCUCGCAGGGCUGACCUCGCUGCCCGCGGUCGCCCGAGUGGGGCGGUCGGGCCGAGCCUCGCCUCCCCGCCAGCCUGCCGGGGAUCCGGAAUGCCCGGCCUCUCCUCCCCGGCUCAUCCCUUCUUCUCUCUCCUCCGCCCGCAAAAAAAAAAAAAAACAAAAAAACAAAAGACCCACAACCCUGUCAGUGAAGGGCAGUCAAUGCCGUUUUGGCCCCGCGUCCUCCUGCUGGAACUGA